CCACUCUGGACCCCAUGACCAGCCUCUAUGUCAACUACUCUAACUCCAGCGGCCCCCGUGGCCCCCCACCAUGGUACCUGUUUCCAGAAUGCGCUGUGGCCCCUUACGGCUUCAUUUUCUACUAUGGGGUGAAGGUGUUCAACCUGGUGGUGGGAGCUCCAAGUAAUGCUCUGGUUAUCUGGCAAAUCAUCACCAAGAGGAGCGAAGGGUCCACAUGUGACACGUUCAUCUUCAACCUGGCGCUGCUGGACACGUACUUCUGCCUCAUGACACCUGUCGACCUGGUCAACAGCCUGGUACUGAACGACCGCCGUAUCUGGUACUUCCAAAGGUUCGCAUACGGGGUCAAGGAUGCAGCUCCACUGUUUCUGGUCUGUAUCUGCCUGGACCGGUACCUGGCCGUGGUCCACCCCGUCCUGUUCACCAGUAUCCGAGACAACAAGCUCCGCAUCUGCAUCUCCGUGGUCGUCUGGGGCCUCAACCUGGCCUACAGCCUCGCCAAGUGCAUCGCCGGAUCCAUGAGUGUUACCGAGGCCUUCAGCAGCAUCAUCCUGUUCGCCUUCGCCGUCAUGCUGUUCUGUAACAUCUCCAUCAUCUGGGUCCUGAGGCGCUCCGUGUCAGGGAAGGAGGAGAUGCAUCCAGUGAAGAAGAAGGCCUUUAAAAUGGUUCUGAUCAUCCUGGCCAUCAUCGUGGUCAACUACCUGCCCCCCGUGGCGCUCAUGCCCUUUGUGUCCUAUUACACGUUUGUGGAGUAUCGUUGUCAGAUCAGCAUCAGUGUGUAUUCCAUCAUGGAUCUGAGCAGCAGCAUCGAACCUCUGCUCUACAUCAGAAAGAUGGAGUGUGUGGAAGGUGGCUGCUGUGGGAGCAACAGGAAGAAACCACACGAUCCCAAUGUGUGA